GAUGCGCAGCUUGAGGCCAUUCGCCAGCGGCGCAUGCAGGAGCUCAUGGCGCAGCAAGGGGGCCAGGUCUGGAGGAGGGGAAGGCAGAGUAGGUCCGCCGAGGAGCAGCAGGCCGCUCAGGAAGCACAGGAAGCAGCCGACGACCAGAGGCGGGGCAUGCUGGCUGCCAUCCUUCAGCCCUCGGCUCGCGAACGAUUGGCCAGGAUCUCGCUUGUCAAGCCAGACAAGGCGCGAUCCAUCGAGGACCUCAUCCUGAACGCGGCUCGCCGCGGACAGAUACAACAGAAGGUGUCAGAGGAUCGCUUGAUUGAGCUCUUGGAACAAGUAAACGAGCAGACGCAGCAGAAGACCACCGUCACAAUCCAGAGGCGAAGAGCCUUUGACGAUGAUUUCUAG